GGUAACAUUUGUGACAAAAAAACCGAAAAAACAAAAAUGCUUAUUUGCAUUUGGCAGUGAAAAGAAAGGAACAGGGUUUAGAAGCAAAGCUCGUUAUUCAGCAGAGCGAAGCUGGCAACGCUGCCCUAAACCAAAUGUGGAGGAAAGCCAUAGCAACAACAGCAAGAGGCGUCGGCGCACUCCACCACCCAUGGCGCACGAUAGCACACGGCCACUCAACCGCGGUCUCCCCCUCCGAUGCCGUCAACUCCAUCCUCCUCCGCUCCCUCAAAGAGCACUAUCUCGACGUCACGAAAAUGAACCCUCCUCCCAAAAUAAACCCUCCGUCGCCGUUCACCGUCGUCCAGGGCUCGCUCGACGGCAACGGCCCGGCGCUCAAGCGGACUUUCGGCGACGAAGAGAUCACCAUAUCGGUGAUGCGAUUGGCCAAUAUUGUGCCCGGCGAUGGCGGAGAAGACGACGGCGCUGACGAUGGCGAUGACAUCAACCAGUUGUUCCUGCACGUCGACGUUUCGAAGCCCGGGCAGAAGGAGUCUCUGCAUUUUCUUUGUGGGUUGUAUCCGGACGCUUUGGGGAUUCACUCUGUAUCCAUGCGCCCCAAAGCUGAUGCUGCGAGCUCUGUUGAGGACGGUUCCUCCUAUACUGGUCCUGUUUUUGAAGAUCUUGAGGAAAAGAUAAGGGAUGCAUUUCACAACUACAUUGAAGAGCGGGGCGUGGGUGAUAGUCUCUUUCCAUUUCUUCGAGCAUGGCUAUACGUUAAGGAUCAUCGUAAUCUUAUGCGAUGGUUCAAGUCAGUGGGGACGUUCAUUAAUGAAAACAAGACAGCAGUUAAGGAUUCUUAGUUUCAUAAGGUGGUUUAGAAAGAAGAAAAAAAGGUAUUUAGCAGUUUCAGUGCCAGUUUGAUCUCAACACUAAUUUAUCCUGACAUGGUUGGUUAGUACAGGUUAAGUUCUUAUUAUUAUUAUUUUUUUACAGGACAGGUUAAGUUCUUUGGUAUUACUGUUUUGUAACCAACAUGCUAAUAUAUAUGUUGCUGUGUUUGAAUUAGAGAUGUUAUGCAUAUUAUGUAAUUCUAAAUCCAUCUCAUAUUCGAUUUCCCUCGUUAAAAGAAUUAAUCUA